CCCUGACUGAUCAGCAUGACAAAGCACUGGCCGGGGCAGAGUCUCUUGGCACCAAUCGCUCCGUCCCACCUAGAAGAACUUCUCGACCAUCAACUUGACUUCCACAGAAAUGAGCAGAGUUUUCCUCCCAGCGGCGUAGCGCCGUGGAGCCCACCAGCCCAACACUGGCCUCAACACCCGGAUCAGAUGCCUCCCCAGCAGCUGCCGCGCUCAGAGGAACCAAGGGAGCGCCCCGGACACCUCGCCAGCGCCACGGGAUUAAUGGAUAAAGAGGAAUCACCGAGAUCAUCAAACCCGAAUGUUCACGAUGCACAGUUUAAACAGGAUGAAACACGGGACACGUGGAAAAGUGAACGGGAGAAAAGAAAUGCCGGCGGUGGGAAGAAAAAGAACUACCAGCGGUAUCCAAAACCUCCGUACUCCUAUCUUGCCAUGAUCGCUAUGGUCAUCCAGAGGUCUCCAGAGAAGAAGCUGACGUUAGCUGAGAUUCUCAAGGAGAUCAGUACUCUUUUUCCAUUUUUCAAAGGAAACUACAAAGGUUGGCGGGAUUCUGUGCGACACAACCUUUCCUCUUAUGACUGCUUUGUUAAGGUGUUAAAAGACCCAGGUAAGCCCCAGGGCAAAGGCAAUUUCUGGGCAGUGGAACUGAGCCGCAUUCCUCUGGAGCUUCUCAAGAGGCAGAACACAGCUGUGUCCCGCCAGGAUGAAACCAUCUUUGCUCAGGAUCUGGCCCCUUACAUCAUGCAGGGACACAAACUUGAGUCUGAGACACGCCCUGAACACGUGACCUCCAUCCCUCCCAUGUCUUCUGGAAACUCCUUCCCACCACAGGACGACUUGUUCCGACCCAAGCUGGACUCAUCCUUUGCCAUCGACUCCCUGCUACACAGCCUGAGGCCGAUCAGUGCUUCGGGGGAUGUAGAUAUGGCUUCCAGGGACUGCUGGGGUGAGGUGGAGCGUGUUCGGCCUUUGCCAGCUCCACACGCUCGUUACACCACCUCCUCUCAUAGUGCCUCUGCCAGCUCUGCAAGCCCAGCAUCCACCUCCUCUUCUUCCUCAUCUUCAUCUGAUGAGGAAUGGAAAGGGGUGCUGGGGAAGCGCAUUCCUCCCGACUGUGAAGCAGGGUCAGAUAAUUGCAGGCCACCACUGCAGAAAUCAGCAAGACGGGAAACUGUUGCACCUCCAUGGGAGCUCCCUACCUCCUACGCUAAAUAUGCUCCCCCUAAUGUUGUUGCCCCACCUAGCAUGCGUUUCAAUGGAGGUCCUCUAAUGCCACUGCAUGGUGGGCUACCUAUUUAUGGCUACGGUAGCUCUCCCGUGGCACCUGGUCAUUUCUUAAGCCAUACUUAUUGGCCCAUCCUUCCCAGCAGACAAGUUUCAGUACGAGCCCCUCCCUUACUCAUGGACCUGGACAACAUGCUGCAAUCUGUGCCUCCAAAUAAGAGUGUGUUUGAUGUGCUGGUACCAGCCAGUCAAAACUCUCACCCACACCAUCAACCACCCAGUCAGUACACUUUUCAGAAUGGGGCUCCUCUCAACCGGUACCAUCAGUACUGAGUGUCCAACUCUGAAUUACUGUCACCUAAACAGGAUAAUAAACCACAAACAGUUGAAUGCACAUCAAGAUCCAUAAAGGAGUUACAUUUCUUCUUCCA